AUGCCCACAAAUCCCUCAUUCCCACUAGGUCGCGUCCACGCUGGUUAUGGUGGUGGCAGUUAUAUUUUCGACCAAACUUCUUCCAGUUUCUCAAAAUCUUUCGUCUUUCGAACUCGUAAUGCCAAUUAUACUGAGACGGAAGGUGUGCUCAAAAUUGAAGCAGAUUUUCUGUUUCCAUUGCCAUAUACAUAUAGUUACGACGGAAAGUUCACAAGUGGGAAGGCGCAGCAUUCCCAUUUUUCUUCUGUCAGGCCUGGAAUGGGGAGAGAAUUGGUAAGGCUCUUGCUAGAAGGGUUCUGGUCAGAAUCUUCUGGUAAACUUUGUAUGGUCGGUUCGAGGAGAAUGAAAAAUGGUAAUGAUGUUGAUUUCAAUGCUGUACUUAAGCUUGAGAAUGUCAAGAAUUCAGGCAGUGUUACAAGUCUGAUCAGUGGGACUUUGGAGUGCUUGAGUUCUGGUGAUGGAUCUUACUGCUUUGACUCAAUAUCAGUUCUGAUGCUUCCUCAAAAGAAUUACGAGUACACUUUGGUUUCUAAAGAAUUUGGCGGUGGACAUCUGGAUGGAGGUAAUGUCGUGAAGAAUUUACCCUUCAGUUCAAUGCCUGAAUCAAGUUUCUGUAAUGAAGGUUGGUGGCCACCCAAUGGAUUCAAUUUGAGAUAUGCACCUGCUUGUCAGUCUGCAAAGAACUGCGACCCUUUUGGUGGGUCUGCUGAGGAUUUGCCUCAUGUUAUGUUCCUCAGUGGGUUUGGAUGUUCGGAUAAAGAAUCAAGAUUGCGAGUUUUGGUGGAAUUUUAUACGAGCCGCUCCAGUGGGUUCUACCAGCCUUUUUAUCCCAACAGAACAUUGGUUGGAGAAGGAUAUUGGGAUGAGAAUAAGCUUUCUGUCAUUGCUUGCCGAUUCUUGGAUGUUGUAGAAUCUUUGGCUGGUGCUCGUGUUGCAGAUUGUUCAACGAGGUUGAGCUUGAGCUUCUCUGCUAUAUUGUCAGUCCAAGAGACUACUAAUGUAGUAGGGGAAAUAUGGACUAACAGAACUGUGAAUGAUCCUGGCUAUUUUGAUAGAAUCAUGUUUCGGAGUUCAGAGAGUCGAAUAGUGGGUGUUCCUGCUAUGAAGUACGAGUAUACUGCAACUGACAGAGUGAGGAAGUCUUGCCGCAAAACAAAGCCCGUUAGAAAUAACAGGGACAGAUACCCAAAUGGGAAUUCAAUUCAUAUGAGAUUUGACAUGUCAGUUGGAAGUUCUGAAGGGAAAAUCGCAAGGGGUUAUGCGAUCCCCUUCUCUAUUGGCGAUCAGUUUUAUGAGAAGAAUUUGGAUGAAGCAUCUCUCUCAAGUUUAAGGCCUGCAAAUUCUGCAGUUAAUGCAAAGUUUAGCAGUCCAGUCAAUAUGAGCUACAAGAUAGGAUUCAAAAUUCCACCCGGCGUAAAUCUUAGUGAAGGCAUUUCUUUAUUCACAAGAUCUUCAAUUUUUAAUGAGGUAGAGAUUUUUGCUGAAGGGAUCUAUAACGAGAGAUCAGGAGGCUUGUGUAUGGCAGGUUGUAGGAUUGUGGACUAUAAUGAGACAGAUUCCUUGGACUGUGGAAUUCUUCUGAAAUUUCAGUUCCCUCCGUUGGGAGAAGAGAAGAAUGAGGGCAACAUUAAGGGAAGUAUCGAAAGCUUGCGGGAAAAAACUGAUCCUUUUUACUUUAAACCUUUGGAAACCUUUUCAUCUGAUUAUGCCAUUGAAGCACAAUGGUUUAUUUGGAGGAUGGAUAUGGAGAUUGCUAUGGCUCUUAUAUCCUGCACACUUGCAAUUGUCUUUGUGGGAUUGCAACACUUGCACACGAAAAGGCACCCUAAAGUGCUUCCCUUGAUUUCACUUGUGAUGCUUUCGAUACUUACUUUGGGGUACCUAAUGCCUCCUCUAGUGCACCUAGGGUCAUUGUUCUUGCAAAAUGUUGAUCAACAGCGUCAUUUUCUUGGUAAAGGUGGAUCUCUUGAAGCAAGUGAGGUGGUUGUAGACUUAGUUAAAAUGGUAGUUUUCUUCUUCCAGUUUCGUCUUCUGCAGCGAACAUGGAUAGCAAGAUUUAGUGAUGAAAGGCAUAAGGGCUUGUGGCUUGUUGAGAAGACUACUUUCCUCAUGUCUGUACCACUUUAUGCUGCUGGAACCUUAAUUGAUCUGCUUGUGAACUGGAACGAAUGGCUCGACUUGAAAAGCUAUGCUGGAGUAAUCUUGGAUGGUUUUCUUUUGCCACAAAUUCUGCUGAACAUAUUCGGGAACUCUAAAGAGAAUGCACUUUCUGGGUCAUUCUACAUCGGCAACACGUUCCUCCAAUUGCUGCCGCAUGUGUACAAUCUAUGUGAAGCUUACACGCCAACCAUUGGCAAGCGCUAUGAUGAUGUUAUAGCGAUUCUAUAUCAUCUGUCUAAUAUAAUGGUGAAAAAAGAACUUGCUUAA